GGACACCCCACAAGCAGAGCCCACACCAGCUCAAACUUUUCCCCAUCCGAUUGAAACCCUCGCUCCACCCACCACUAACCAUGCCGCCGCCGCCGCCGCCGCCGACGCGGCCUGCACCGGCGCUGCCGGACGAGCUUCUAGAGGAGAUCUUCCUCCGCCUCCCUCCGGACGAGCCGGAGCACCUCGUGCGCACCUCCCUCGCCUGCAAGCUCUGGCUCGGCCUCCUCUCCGGCGCUCGCUUCCGCGGCCUCUACGGCGAGUUCCAUGGAGCUCCCCCCAUGCUGGGAUUCCUCUACAACUGGUUCUUUUGCAGCGGCCCCAAGGAGGAUGACCCCGUGGCAAACUUCGUCUCCACCACGAAAUUCGGUGCGCUCGUUCCCGACGGCGAUGGCUGGGACCGUCAGUACACUCCCUGGGACUGCCGCCACGGCCGAGUCCUCCUCGGGGACUACACUGGGCUCAUCGUUUGGGACCCCAUGACAGGCCGCCGGAUGAAGCUGGAACCGCCCGUCGGGUAUGUUGGCGCUGCCGUGCUCUGCGCUGCGAGGGGCUGUGACCACCGUGCCUGUCAUGAGGGCCCCUUCCGAGUUGUCGUCAUCGGCCUGGACAUGAAUGAGGAUGAUGGCGAUUGUGUUGCGCACGCCUGCGCGUCCUCGCCGGUGACGCCCGAGUGGAGCAGGCUAUGCUCGGAUUCUCAUUUUGAUGGGUGGAGCAGGGCGUGCUCUGAUUCUCGUUUUGAUGGGUGGAGCAAGCAGUGCUCUGGUCUUUAUCUUCUUGCAGGCGAUCCAAAAAUCGAUGCACUGCCUCCUGUCCUCGUUGAUGACGCACUUCACUUCAGGCUUACAGAUGACGAUGAGCGUGUAGGAAUUCUCAAGUACGACUUGAGCUCUAAUUGCUUAUCAAUGAUUGAUGUGCCGCUUACGAGGUUGGCCAUUGUCUGGCCCGCUAUCCUCAUGGCAUUGGAGGAUGGCAGCUUGGGGUUAGCACACUUGGACGGGUUAACCCUCUAUCUAUGGUCAAGACAGAUAGAUUCCAACGGAGUUGCGUCAUGGACUCAGCAUAAAGUCAUCGAUCUAAAGGAACCUCUCCCCAUUCAAAAUCCCAAGAAAAGAAUUAGUGUUAUUGGAUCUGUCGAGGGCCAUGAUAUCAUUUUCGUGAACAUAGAUCUUGGCAUCUACGAGAUUGAUUUGAAGACACUACGGUGGAAGAAGCUAUGGAAGAGAGAAAAAUUCCGUUCUUUGAUUCCAUACAUGAGCUUCUACAAUCGACAAGAAAGGGUGAGGCCCUGCAAGGCAUUGACAACAGAUGAUUGAAUAUGCUUAAGGGCAGGAGGCAACAUGAGAAAUGUUUAUUUGAAGGCGACAUGGGUCUUGCGACCAGUGUCAGUAUUUGGAAGCCGUUUUAAUGCAGUGGUGAUUAUUUUCUCAUAGUGUUGUUGGAUUUUGUCUGCAAGCUCGAGGUUUUCCGCACGUUAACGGUGUGUGUAAGCAGGCUAAUGAGUUAUCUCGUAAUGAACCUCCAAUUUCUUGCAGCAUCAGUUAUGUUCUUAGUUUUUUAAUUGGCUUGAAAAUGUACCACGGACACUAGCUUUGUCUUGCCAUUGUAAAAGCUCUACAGUCUGCUCUCAUAGCUUUGAGCCAAAACAGAGAACAUUGAUGAUGCUUUAGAGCUGGUGAUUUCUGUCGCCAAGAGAUGAUGAUGGUUUCCUCAUAAUGGCUCACUGGUAUGCCUUAAUUAAUUUUGUGAAUUUGAUUAGUGCUGGAGGUCAAGUGCUGAUGUUACUGAAGAGUAAAGAGUAUAGCAUGCAGUUACUUUUUUAUCCAGCAAGCAAUGUUACUGAAGAGUAUAGCAUGUAAACUGAAAUAUUGAGCUGUAAGUUGAGGUAACUGACAGUAUGGCAGGAUCUGAGUUGCAUGAAGAUCUUAUAGAGGUUUUACUGCUACAGUGCCUCCACAAAUCUGUUAGGUAUUAGGUUGCUAUUUGUUGCAUAUUUUUGGUCUGCAGUGGAGAUAAUAGUAGACUGCAAUGUCCUUGUAGUGAGAUGAAGAUGUAUAUGUUUUGUCACAUACUGCUAGGCUACAGUGUUCAUUGUAACUGUUUUGGUUUAUUAUAUUCCAGACUGGUUCACAGAUUUUCCUUA